GGAGUACUUUCUGCCUCUCGAGGACUUUGAUGCGGUGGGGCAUAUGCUGCAGUGCCUGCCCGAAGAGGGGCUCGGCGAGAGCUACCUCGCGGCGCAGCUCGACCAGACGCAAGACGUGCUCGAGGAGAUCAACUCGAAGUUAUCGGCGCGCGUGAUGCGUUCGUACGGCGCAUUUGUGCACGGGAUGGCGCAGGUGCAGCAGCUCAAGUCGGACCUGGUGCUCACGGCGAUCCAGUGCCGCGCGGCGCGCAAGCACCUCAGCCGUGUCGAGACGGGCACAGUCAACCCCGGCCUCAACAUUCUCGCACGUCUUCGGCGCAAGCGCGCCCUCGCCGAGCUCCUCUCCAUGGUUGACGGGCUGCGAGCCCUCACCUCAGAAUCCGACGAGCUCUGCCGCCUGCUUGGGGUGGCAAAGCCGCCGCCGCCGCCGCCGCCGGCCGACGGGCAAGGGCCCGCCUCCCCCCCGCCCCCUCCUCCUCCCCCGGCGCCGCCCGCGUCGCCCGACGCGGUCGACCUGCAGCGCUGCGCCGAGCUCCUCCGCUCUUGCGAGAGGCGGCUCUCGCAGCUCGGCCGGCUGCGGCAAGCAAAGCGCGUCGAGGGCCGCGUCGCCGUCGCGGCGGACGCGCUGCAGGAUGCGAUGCACCUGCAGCUGCGGAGGGUGUCGGCCUCGUACGACGCGGGCCGCUACGCCGCCGCCGUCGGCUGCGCGCUGACCCUCGACCGCGUCGACGAGCUGGUGAACCGCGUGCACAUGAACUUUGCCGAGGCGCUCGAGCUGCUGCAGUGCGGCACGGGCAUUUCGGUAGUCGUUGCGGCAGGCGUCGCCCUGUGUCUGCAGGCGAUCAAGCUCUGCACCAAGGACGUCCUCCACAGCCACGUCGUCCUCUCCCUCGGCGGCGACGGCGCGGUCAGCGGGCCGCAGCUCCGCGCGCUCGAGCUGGGAAAGUACAAGGACGCGCGCGCCGCACUCGACGCCGCGCGAGCAAAGCCGCCGCCGCCCGCGGUGGCCAACGGCGCCGCCGCCGCCAACGGCGCCGCGGCGGCCAAAGGGAAUGACGCGCCGGGCGGGGGCGGGGCGGCGGCGGGCGGCGGCGGGGCGGCGGCGGCGGGCGGCACGGCGAUCGCGCCAGAGGAGCGAGCGGCGGUGGCCGAGGCGGCGGCGGCGGCCAAGACGGCGGAGUGGCGGGCGGGUCGGCUGCGGCUGAUGCGGGGCAUGCUGCACGAGGCUCGCACCACCAUUUGGGACCUGAUGCAGCGGCGUGUCGCCGUCUUCAUCGGCGCGGCGCCGCGGGCCGCCGCGUCGCCCGCCGGCCGCGCCGCGCCGCUGGCCGCCGCUUCGCCCGAGGAGCUCGCGGACGUGGCGGAGGGGACGCACACCUUCAUGUCGCUCGGCGAGGCGUUUGCAACGUCCGAGUCACACGGGCUUCGCGCCGCGCUCGCCGCGAAGAGCCGCGUCUUCUACGCGCACUUCCACCGCGAGCGGCUCGACGAGCUGCGCAUGCGGCUCGAGACGGAGAUGUGGCAGCCGCUGCCGCUCGAGACAGGCGGGCGGCUCAUAGAGAGUUGGGACGCAGAGCAUGGAGUCGGCUGGCGACUCUCGUCCUUGCGCGAGCUCGGCACGGCGCACACAAAGCCGCCGCUGCAGUGCCGCGCGAUGUUUGUCCUCUCGCCGCCGCCCGCCGCGGCGACGCGCGCCAACGGCAGCGGCGCGGGCGGCGGCCGCGGAGGGGAGGGAGCGGAGCUCUUUGCUGGAGGGUACUCCGCUGCGGCAGACUUCUUCGACAGCAUCGACGAGGGCAGGGCGCCGCAGCCGAGGCGAGGCGCGUCCGUCAGCGAGGGCGGAGACAACGGCGCGGCUGGCGGCGGGGAGGGCGGCGGCGGGGAGGGGAACGGCGCCGCCGCGGGGGAGGGGGAGGGGGAGGGAGUGCUGCUCUGCUCGACCGCGCUCAACACCGCGCGUUUCGUCGGCCGCUACUUGCGGCUGGUGCGCGAGGUUGAGCCCGUCGCGGUCGAGGCGACGCGCGGCCUCGUCGGCCUCGUGCAGCUCUACGUGCUCACCGUGUUCAACGUCUUCUGGACCGGCCCGCCGCCCUCGGCAUGCGUCGCGCAGCCGCGAUUUCCUUUUGGGCCUCACGCGUCGGUGUCGCUCGAGCGACUGCGCGCGCCGCUCGAGUCGCAGGAGAUGUUUGCGCUGCCGCAGACCAUCGUCGCGAUGGAGUCGCUCCAACUGCUCGCCGAGCUGCUCCGCAGCCACUUGCUCCCCGCCGCAGAGGCCUCCGCUCCCGCCGCCGCGCCGCGCGUCGGCCCGAUCACGGUGCAGAUCUACCGCGGCGUGGCGCGCGGGAUGCUCGACCUCGAGGAAGCGCCGCGCGAGAUUGGGACGCAGCACUCUCCGUACGUCGACCAGCUGGUGCAGCACGUGCAGCAGCUGGCGGGCUCCCUGUCGCAGCUCGGCGUGCCGGCGAUCGGCGCCAUCUGCGAGCACUUGGUGGACGGGUACGCCGGCGUCAAGAAGGCGUCCGACGAGGGCCGCGCCCAGAUGUCGCUCGACGUCAAGACGCUGCAGGCGGCGCUGCGCAAGCUGCUGCCCGAGAUGGCCCCGUCGAUGGCGCAUGUCGAGGACUACCUCCGCGCGCUCUACCUGCCGCCGCAGGAGCUGCUCGCGUGGGCGCGCGCGCACCCGCAGUACUCGGACUUGCUCGAUAGCCUCGCCAAGCAGGACGGCUAG